GAAGAAGAGGAGAGACGCGCUGUGCCCCCCAACAGUGUCCUGACAAUGGCAGUGAAUGGUUGCGCACCGCGGUCACUGGGACAGUCAAAGCACACCGCCCCUUUUCUAACGGGCACGUCAUCCUCCUAACUAGGCGUUAUGAAUAGGAAAGCCGCUUUUGUCUGCCCGCAUGUAUAAAUACCCACUAUCAGUGUCCUCCUCACCACAGAGACACACAGAGAGAGACAGAGAGAGAAAGUCGGCAGAGGCAAAGUGGUCACCGAUGUGAUAAGAGGCACAGAAGCGUGGGACAGGAGGGCUUCAGACAGCAUCAGGUGACUGAGAGGCUCCAGAGAUAGAAAGAGAGGAAGAGAGAGAGAGAGAGUGUGAAAGUGAGUGAGAGAGAGAGAGGGAGGAAGCCAGCAGCGACCUCCUACCCAACAACCUCGGAAGCGAACCCAUAAAAUGAAUUCAGACUCCAGCCCGAGCAGCAGAGCCUCUUCCCCGGACAUGGACGGCAUGUUUCACCAGCUCCACAAUCAUCACCACCACCACCACGUCGGCUCCUCCGUGUCUUCAUCCACGCAGGGUGGCGAUCAGCUGCGUCAGAAGAUGAGCGGCGUUGAGCACCUGCGGUCUGGAGACGGCAAGUCAGCGUCCGUGGGAAGCAGCAGAGACAGAGACAAGUUCAAGCUGAAGAAACAAGUCACCGAGGAGGAAAUGUACCACCUCCGUCUAAAGAUUAACGGCCGGGAGCGGAAACGCAUGCACGACCUCAACCUUGCCAUGGACGGCCUGCGCGAGGUGAUGCCAUACGCGCACGGGCCCUCGGUGAGGAAGUUGUCCAAGAUCGCCACGCUGCUUCUCGCCAGGAACUACAUCCUGAUGCUCACCAGCUCCUUGGACGAGAUGAAGAGGCUGGUGGGGGAGAUUUACGGAGGGCAGCACUCAGCUUUCCACUGCGGCACCGUGGCACACCCCGGCGGACACUCCGGUGGUCCCGCCGCUGCAGCCGCAGCCGCAGCAGCCGCUGCCGCCGCGCACCAGGUGCACCCUCUCCUCGGGAGCGCGCUGUCUUCCUCCACGUCCUCCACUUUGACGAGCGCGCUGCCCGGACUCACGUCUAUCCGUGCACCCCACUCCCUCAUGAAGAGCUCCCCGGCUGCGCCCCCGACCCUGCAGCUGGGCUCCGGCUUCCAGCACUGGGCCGGACUGCCGUGCCCAUGCACCAUCUGCCAGGUGCCUCCUCCUCCACACGUCCCCAUCACCUCCAGCGGCCUCACGAGACUCACAGUGGAGGGCAAGGACGGGAUGAAAUGAUGGCCGGAGCGUGUGCCAGACACGCAGAGACUGAGAGAUGUAAUGAUGUUUGUAAAUAGAGAAUUCAGGGCAUGAGGGUGGAUUUGGCCUCACUGGUGCAUGUUGUUGUUUAGUCUGUUUUCUUGUUUGGCGUAUGAGAAAAAAAAGUGUUAUUUUCCUCCUUGUAACAAGGACAUAAAGAUGAUUUUUUUGCCAGUUGAAGGUAAAAAAAAAGAAGAAAAAAAAGUUGUGUGUCAUGCAACAAGAUGCCACGAUCCUCUUGUGUUUGUCUCACACCAGGAUGUGAAGGGUGAAGGAGGAUGCAUGAACAUUUUUUGAUUUAUCAUUUGACUUUUAUUUUAAUUUUUUUUUAAUGUAUCAGGCGUCAUUUUGUGAAAACGAAGAAUGCUCUCUGUGCCUUGUACCAAGGAUUUUAAACUUGAGUUCUAUAUGAAAAAUAAUGACAUUCAUGUGUUUGGCUAAAAAUGAUUCUGCCACAGCAGAAGUGAUCUUUUCAAAUCUAAGUUUUUUAGGUUUAUUUUGUGUCUCCAUUUGUGCUCUGAUUUCCAUUCUUUAAUUUGUAUAUUUUGUUCUUUUCCUUUUUUCCCCCUGCAUGAUGGUAUAAUUAUCGCAGCAUGAUUGUUUUUUGCUGAAUUGAAUUUGUUAUGCCCAGAGACCCCGUGUCUUUAUUUUUGUACAUUGUUGAUGACUGAUGAAAUAUUUAUUAUCGCCCAGCGUCCCUGGAUGAAAUUUCAAUAAAACUGAA